UAAUUCUGUCAAGUUCAUGUACAAAGUCAGGUAAGGGAACUCCAAUGUUCUCUCAGAAGGGUAAGAAGACCAUCAAUGAUUACAUGUGCUUCAGUAAGGCUGGGGAAAACCCUUUUAAUAAAUAAAUUCAAGGUUGAGUCUUCCUUUGGGCCAUACAAGAAACGGCCAAAAAAGAAAGAGAAAACCCACUUUCAGGAGGCCAACGAGGUCAUUGAUGUUCUAUGGAAGAAGAGAGACUUUCUGUUAGGCAGACUUAAGCAGAAAUAGUACCAGGAAUUCACACAAAGAGAUAUCCCAAUCAUUGUCUGGGAGGAAAAGGCGUACCAGGGAUAACUCUAAAAUUAUUCUGAACUUUAAUGAACUCAACGUGCCUCCGUUAGGACAUUACAAGCCUGAUUAUGAUUUUGUUAAGCCAAGAAUUUCAUCAACUUGUUUCUCAAAAUCUAGUGAACGAAAGACUAUUUUCGAUGCAAAAUAAGAAGCUUCAACCCAAUCCCAGAUCAAAAGUGUUGUCUCGUAUGAAAUCAUUUGGACGGAGUCCAUCCAGGAACACAUUCAUACCAACUUCAGUGCAUGGAUCUCCACUAAAGCCUGACUUGAAGAGGUGAGGGUCACCAUUAAUUCCAGAGUUGCAGUCAUUCUGAAGACCUUCAUUUGAAGACCCAGAGUCUAUUUACCUAAAUAUUUCUAACAUGAAAGCCAGCAAGAAGAACAAAAGGUACUUUAAAGUAAUGAAAGGGCUUAAACGGACCAAUAAAAGAAGGAAGAGAUGAUUUUCAGCAGUGAGUAGAAGGAAAGAAAGCUGAUAUGAUAGGAAAUUUAAAGAGAAGUAGGAAGAGGAUUGUGAUUAGG